GCUCUCUCCUGGAUAGUGAUAUUUAUUGAUUACUGCACUUGUUUGCUCUUUUUGUUCUCUUUCUUCUUCUUUCUCCUGCUUCCUCUGCUCUCUAUCCUCUAUAUCUACUCCCACCCACGCCCUUCUUCCUCUACCACUCCAUCUCUGGUCAUUACUAAUCCUCUUCGUCAUGUUUAAAAACCAACUCUUGGGCUUGUCCUCCAAUUCCCACCUCAUCUCCAAAAACAUCUUCAGAAAUUUGGCUACUGUUGCUGACAAACCCGUCGUCUUAAAGACCUUCAAAAUCUACAGAUGGUCUCCCGACACUCCUCAAAUCAAACCCCAGUUGAAGACCUACCAAAUCGACUUGAACCAAUGUGGUCCUAUGAUCUUGGAUGCUCUUUUGAAAAUUAAGAAUGAACAAGACGCUACCCUUACUUUCAGAAGAUCCUGCAGAGAAGGUAUCUGUGGUUCCUGUGCCAUGAACAUUGAGGGCAGAAACACCCUUGCCUGUCUUUGUAGAAUAAAUAAAGACCCCAAAAAGGAAACAAAAAUCUAUCCUUUGCCUCACAUGUUUGUCGUUAGAGAUUUAGUGCCUGAUUUGACCCAUUUCUACAAACAGUAUAAGUCAAUUCAACCUUACUUGCAAAAGAAAAAAGAAAUCCCCGAAGAUGGUAAGGAAAACUUACAAUCAAUCUCCGACAGAAAAAAAUUAGAUGGUUUAUAUGAAUGUAUAUUGUGUGCCUGCUGUUCCACCUCCUGUCCUUCCUAUUGGUGGAAUCAACAAGAAUACCUCGGUCCUGCUGUUCUAAUGCAAGCAUAUAGAUGGUUGAUUGACUCCAGAGACGAAGCCACUCUUGUUAGAAAACAAAUGCUACAAAACUCAAUGUCUCUUUAUAGAUGUCACACCAUCUUGAAUUGCACAAGAACCUGUCCAAAGGGUCUUAAUCCAGGUAAAGCAAUUGCUGAAAUCAAAAAGACCUUAUCCUUUGAUUAAACCAUAAAAACAUCUCACUCAUUCAAUAACCAGUUGUUUUUUUUUGUUUGUUCUUUUUCACUUGUUCUUUAAAUUUUUCUUCUUUAUCUUCUUUAUUUUUUUUUAUUUUAUGUAAUUAUCUUUUUUCUUUUCUCUGUCCUUUUUUUUUUCCUCAUUUAUAUAUCCCAUCUUAUACAAAGUUUAUCUCCAUCUCAUCUGAUCCUCAUUCAAACAUACUAUCUAAUUAUCUCUAUAUUCCUAUUUCUUAUCUUAUAUAAUAUGGUAAAUAAAAUUACAAUCGAUAUUUAAUGCUAUUAUCUCUCC